AUGUCCGCCGCGACAGAGAUCCAGUUCUACGAUAUCCCGUCGAAGACCAAGAGUAAUGCGUGGUCCCCCAAUACCUGGAGAAUCCGAUAUGCUCUCAACUAUAAGAGACUGCCAUACAAAACGAUCUGGAUCGAGUAUCCAGAAAUCGCUCCGACGUGCAAGAAGAUUGGAGCUCCUCCGUCCGCUACGAAACCCGACGGGAGUCCCUACUACUCCGUCCCAUUCAUCUAUGACCCAAAAACCAGGAAGGCAAUUUCAGAUUCAAUCAUAAUCAUCCAGUACCUCGAAAAAACAUACCCUAGUUCCCCUGAACGUUCUCUGAUCCCAUCUGGUACAUGGGCACUCCAAUUAGCCUUCAUCGACGCCCUAUUCGCGCCUUCAGUCGUCUUCCCGUUGUUUCAGUUCGCCGUUCCUCGUUCUGCGUCUAUGCUGCAUGAAACUAGCGUGGAACAUUAUCUCGAAGCACGCCGUGAGCUUUUUGGGGGAAGAACCUUGGCUGAAGUGGAUCCUAAGGGAGAAGAUCGGGUACUGGAAUGGAAGAAAGUCGAGAAAGGGUUUGGUGUUGUAAAUUCAUGGUUGAAACCAGAAGACAGAUUUGUUGGGGGUGAACAAAUCAUCUUCGUCGACUUUGUUCUGGUUAGUGUGCUUCGAUGGAUUCGAGAAAUAUGGGGCGAAGAUAGUAGUGAAUGGAGGGAUGUUUCGAGCUGGAAUGAAGGAAGAUGGGGAAAUCUUGUCAAGGAUCUGGAGGAGUAUACGACUGUACUUUGA